AUGUCAUCGACACAUGCCAAUGGGAAUAAUGAACGUAUACCCAACAAUGCUGGACAUUCUGUAAUUUUUAAUAAACUUGCUACGGCGACAACGGGCAUAUCUACAUCGGAAGCAUUAAGUCCUACGAUAUCGGCGUCCAGAGAAUACGAACCUCUAGGUGAUGCAAAUGGAUUAGAUGAUAAAGGUUUGAGACAUAACUUGUUUGGAAAGGUUACGGGGAUGCUACAUCGAUCUUUGAGUGAAUCCAGGAAGAAUUCAACGACUUCACUAGGGAAAGACCCACUUGAUACUUCAAGUAGAAGUCGGACUGGAAGCAGAGUAGACAGUCGUACAGGCAGCCGUACAGGGAGUCGUGCAGGAAGCGUGGCAGGAAGCAGGUCAGGAAGUAGAGGAGAUAUAGUGAGAGAAACUUCAAAUACACCUCUUCCCUCAAAGAAAUCAGUGAAGGAAACAAACAACGAUAGUAGUACAGAUAGCCGUACAAACAGUCGUGCAGGGAGCCUUACAGGGAGUCUUGCAGGAAGCAGGCCAGGAAGUAGAGGAGAUUUAGUGAGAGAAACUUCAAAUACACCUCUUCCCUCAAAGAAAUCAGUGAAGGAAACAAACAGCGUUUUUCUAGAAUAUGAUCCACUAACUAAACGUAAAGUACUCAAUACAUACGAAAUAUUGCGUGAAAUAGGUAGAGGGGAGCAUGGUAAAGUUAAAUUAGCCAGGGACUUAGUUCAUAAUGAGCUAGUUGCAAUAAAGAUUGUCAACAGAAAGUCUAAAAGAGAGAGACCUUUGUUAAGAAUGAGGCAUGGCUCUAAAGUGCAAAGCAACACACCUAGUGAUUAUGAUAUUAAAAUAAAACGAGAAAUUGCUAUUAUGAAAAUGUGUCAGCAUAAACAUAUUGUUAGGUUGAAAGAACUCUUAGAUGAUUUGAAUUCUCACAAGAUAUACAUGGUAUUGGAAUAUCUUGAAAAAGGAGAAAUCAAGUGGAAACGUCAGAAGACAAAUAGUGAAGAUACAUCUCAUGUCGAUGUAAAUAAUCCCGACGAUAUUCCUUGCCGAAGUGGUUUUAGGAAAAAAAGCAUAGCAUAUACACAAGCAGAUGAAGAUGAAGACUUGUUAUCAAACGAAUUUUCGCCUUAUUUAACAUUCAAGCAAUCAAGAAAAAUUUUUCGUGACGUUUUAUUGGGUAUGGAGUACCUACAUAUGCAAGGUAUAGUUCAUAGAGAUAUCAAACCUGCAAAUUUAUUAGUUAGCUCAGACAACAUUAUUAAAAUUAGUGAUUUUGGUGUUUCAUUUGUGUCAUCUUUGGAUAAUGAAGAUUCUAAUUUAGUUAAUGAAGUUGAAUUAGCAAAGACGGCUGGCACGCCUGCAUUUUUCGCCCCAGAAUUAUGUGAAACUAAUUUCUCAUCUUCUACAAGUUCCAAAUCAGUUUCAGCUUCGUCCCUAGAAAUUUUGAGAAAUGAUCAGUUAAAACUUACUAAAUUACUCCCCAAGAUAGACUACAAGAUUGAUAUUUGGGCCCUUGGUGUUACAUUGUAUUGUUUAUUGUUCGGUAAGGUUCCGUUUAAUGCAGAAUCUGAGUUUGAAUUAUUCCUGGUUAUUGUUAAUCAACAAUUGGAGUUUCCUACUGAUAGAAAUGCAUUUAACUCUCCUUGCGAAGUAGGUGAAACUGAAUUUGAAUUGGCAAAAGAUUUAUUAUCAAAGCUAUUGGAUAAGAAUAAAGAUUCGCGUAUUGAAAUAAAAGAUAUCAAGAACCACCCUUUUGUUCUUUUAGAUUUAGAAGAUGACUUGGAUGCUUUAAAUGAACUACUUUAUCUAAAUGACAAAAAUGCUACUUUUUUUAAGACAUUUGGAACUGACGAGGAGGUUCUGAAAGAAGACAUUGAUAAUGCAAUAGUGGGUAUUGGAAACAGAAUCAGGAGUAGCUUGUUGAAAUCGAUUAAGGCCAGUGGAAGAGAUUUCGAUCCUCGUAGAGGGAUUGUUCAGUAUUUGGAGCCUAAUACAAGCGUAUCAUCAUCUGAAGAUUCUUCAUACGUUAAUUCUCGUUAUAAUUCGACGUCAGGAUUAAACGAGAGCCUGGGGAAUUCUGUAAUAUUAUCAGAAGCUUCGCAAUUGACUACCCCUCCAAGUUUUCAAAAUUUUUACAAAGUGAGGUCUGGGAGCCAACAACCUGAUUCGUCUGUUAAUUUUCCAACAAAUGCUCCUCAUAUACCGUCGAAUUUAUCAACACAGCAAAAUGCUAUACCUAAUUUCUCAUCACAUUCUAUUGCAACUACUCGAGAAAGUAGAACACCGAAUAUACUUUUACAGGAUGUGAUUGAUUCACAUUCAAACAGUUCUAGUAGACGUGGAAGUUCGGCAGGGUACGAAGCUGUACAGAUUGAAACCAAGCGCAAUGUCGGAGGUGAUUUAUAUUUGAAAAACCAAUCACUUGUUGAUACCUUCAAGGUAAUUCAGCAACAAGAUGAUAAGAGACGCAGAUCUAGUGCAAUAUCGUCAUCUAUUCAUGCAUCAAAUGCUAAUACUCCGAAGACUUCUAUUUCCUCUCAUUGGGGACAAGAAGACUCGUCUGCGUCUUUAUCUGCUGGAAAUCCAGUACAGGUUGCGCAACAUUCAAAUAACCAAUUAAGGAUCGAUCCAAUCAAUAUAAGCAAUGAUAGAAGGCCUUCUUCAGUCAUCUCUUUACCUUUGAAUGAGAGUUUUGCUUCACUCGACAGUUUCAGUGAUGACUAUUUGAAAUUCAAGUAUCAAGAAUAUCAUAGUAACCAUCCAAAUAGUAAGCAUCUUUCAUUAAGACGUGACAGUGAUGUAACACAUUCUGAUCCUAAUAUUAAUCAUAUCGCUGAUUUGAAAUCGAAUUUUGAUACAAUUAAUGAGAAGUUUAAAAACUUUAAUUUAAACGCCCAGAUGAAAAAUGAAACAAUUACUUUCAACCUUAAUUCGGAGAAGCUUAAUGAACAUGAAGGAAUCGCACCAAAAACAUUAAUUCAAGGUCUGAGUGAUUCUUCAUCUUCACAAUCUUGCUCAUCGUCGUCAUCAUCAAUUUCAGAGAGUGAAAGUGAUGAAGAAGGAAAUUUAACGUUAGCAUUUUCAUCAAAGCUUUCACCUCCAUCAAAACCUAAAUUUUUAUCUCUCGGUAACAGAGCUAAGUCACACGAUUCUCAUUUACCUGGAAUCGUUACACGUCCUUCAAUUCAGCGUUACGAUACGCCUGUUAUAUUUCAAGACGACAUACCUGAAUUUGAAGAUAUACCAGAGGGACUAAUGUCAAGUGUACCUCGACCCAGCGUGUCAGCCGAUGUUUUAAUGAACCCAACGGUUUCGGUCGUAUCGAGUAAUGGUUCAAGUACUACUUUGACUGCGGAGACAUUAGGCAACCGUUCAAGUACAGAGGUUCCUAAUAGGAAGGUGAACACAACUGAAUUGAAAAAAGAUAAUUGCAUUUCAUCGCCAAAAUUGGAUAAGUUACAAAAGGACAAUAAUAGAAUACCAUCACCUUUAAUUAACAAUGCACCCACAUCUCCUAAAGCUACUACAAAUUCUCAUUUAGUCAAACAAUUGUUUAAGAAUCAUAAGGACAAUUAUUAUAAUAAUUAUUAUAAUAAUAAUAAUCAGUCGAAUAAUCAAUUUAAUAACCAUUAUAAGAAAGAUCCGAUAUAUUAUCCUUUCCCGAAUGCAUUGCAUUAUGAUAAUGAUAAGGAGAGUGAAACGAAGUCUACCUCAAACCUGGGAAUUACACGUAGACCAAGUUAUUAUAGAUCCAAUUCGGUUACAGUUGGGUUGUUACAGCAUGACAGAGAAAAGAAAAAAGAUGGGUAA